GUAACUUUAGAGACGGUCCCUUAAUUUCCGCAUUUCUGUGAAUAUCGAACGUCCAACGUCACGCCAAAUUUAUUCCAGUACUUAUUUCAGAGACUCACUCUGGACUGAUUUUUCGUUGUGGGAUUGAAACUAUGAGUCAGCGACACGUUUUCCAGGUUUUUGAGCAGUACCAGAAAGAAAGGAUGAAGUUCGUGCAAACAGUUGCAGAGCUUUCAGUAAGACCUCAGAAUAUCGAAACACUUCAAAAUGCAGGUGUGAUGUCCCUCCUGAAGCCUCUUCUCCUGGAUGCGGUCCCAACUAUCCAGCAGUCAGCAGCUCUGGCUCUUGGAAGACUCGCCAGCUACAGUGAUGACCUGGCCGAGGCUGUGGUGAAGGGAGGCAUUCUGCCUCAUCUCGUCUACUCGCUGUUUAAGCAGAACCGCUUCUAUAAGAAGGCAGCAGCGUCUGUUCUCAGUGCCGUGGCGAAGCACUCACCCGAGCUGGCACAAGCAGUGGUAGACUACGGUGCCCUCGAUGCUCUCGUCAUCUCCCUGGCGGAGUUUGAUCCUGUAGUGAAAGAAGCUGCUGCAUGGACACUAGGCUACAUCGCUCGCCACAACAGCUCAUUGGCUCAGGCAGUGGUGGAUGCAGGUGCUGUUCCUCUUCUCGUUCUCUGCAUCCAGGAGCCUGGAACUGCCCUGAAGAGGAUUUCCGCUUCAACGCUGAGUGACAUCUCCAAACACUCGCCAGAGCUUGCACAAACUGUAGUGGACGCCGGAGCCAUUGCACACCUCGCCCAAAUGACCCUGAACCCAGACACCAACCUGAAGAGGCACGUGUUCUCGGCUCUAGGCCAAAUCUCCAAGCACUCUGUGGAUCUGGCAGAGAUUGUGGUGGAGGCUGAGAUCUUCCCUGCUGUACUGGCCUGCCUUAAAGACCCAGAUGAAAAUGUGAGGAAGAACAUCAGCACGCUGAUGCGAGAGAUCACAAAACACACCCCUGAGUUAUCCCAGAUGAUCGUGAAUGCCGGCGGUGUAGCAGCUGUGAUAAAUUAUCUAGGGGACUCCAGAGGGAGCGUGCGAUUGCCUGGUAUCAUGAUGCUCGGCUAUGUGGCUGCACACUCUGAGAACCUCGCCAUGGCUGUCAUUGUAUCUAAGGGCGUACCACAGCUGGCUAUCUGUCUGGCCGAGGAGACAGAGGAUCACAUGAAGGCUGCAGCAGCCUGGGCAUUGGGGCAGAUUGGCCAACACACACCUGAGCAUGCAAGAGCUGUGGCCAUGUCUAACGUGCUCCCCAAACUGCUGAGUCUCUACCUGGACACACAGAGCUCUGAGGAUCUGCAAGUCAAGGCAAAGAAGGCUUUAAAGAGCAUCCUUCAGAAGUGCACUUACCUUCCAGCAUUGGAGCCACUUCUCUACGAAGCUCCCAGCAAUGUUCUCAAACACGUUAUCUGCCAGUUCAGCAAGGUUCUUCCACAUGAUAGUAAAACACGGAGGUUGUUUGUAACUACUGGAGGACUGAAGAAGGUGCAGGAAAUUAAAGCUGAACCUGGGUCCGAUCUGCAGGAGUACAUCAACGCCAUUAACAAAUCCUACCCCGAGGAGAUAGUCAGGUACUUCUCACCUGGAUAUUCAGAAGCACUACUGGAAAGGAUCGAGAAGUAUCAGCCUGUUUAGUACAGGAAGUUCAUCUCCAUGAUUAGCACUUUUUACUGCUUUAUGAAAUAAUCUUAUUAAAUUCAGGGCACUGUGAUAUUUGG